UCCACGGCCACUCGGUGGCAGAGCUGGCACUAGGAAGAAUGCAGGUAACAAAAGUGAACAUUUGAUAAGCGUGCCCCACGUGCUGUCCCGGCACAGGCGGUGCCUACUUCGGCUGCAGGGCGCCUAGUGUGUCGUUGGCGCUCUGGAAGCCUGAGGCGGGAAAGCCGAACCCCGCGGGGGCCCCCAAACCCUGCCUUUCGUACCCCCCACCCCCACCCUCGGCCCCAAGCGGAGGUGGGGCCUCCGUCCGGGUCCCGCUCCCUCUCUAGCAGAGCCCGCCGCCCCGGCCCGUGCCCCUCGCCUCCAAAUCAGGCUGGUGCCCCCACCCCGGCAACUCGGUGGGCCCGGGUCACAUUGGGGCUGCAGCUUGCCGGGGCCCCCCGCCCCCGCCCCGCCGUCUCCUCUCCCUCCCCUCCCUCCGGGAGGGAGGAGGAGACUCGGCGGCCCUCCCUCGGCCCUCCCGGCGGAGGCCGCGGCAAGCCCCGUGCCCGCUCCGCCCAGCCGCGGCGGGUCGGACGUCCGGAGCCCGCGGGUCCACGGCUGAGGUCCAAGGAAGAAGCGUCCCCCACCCAGUGGCCAGGAGAGCGGUGGGGAGCAGUGGCCAUCAUGCACAGUCGUAUCGCAUCCGCCGGGCGUCCCCCGUGCCGCCCCUGAGUCCGGCCGGAGUUGGGACGCAGGGCCCGCCCGCGCGGCCGCACCAUGAGCCACGGGCCCAGCCCCCGGCUGGCCGAGUCCCCGCAGCUGUCCAAAGGCAGCCUCCUGACCAUCCUGGGCAGCCCCUCGCCGGAGCGCAUGGGGCCGGCCGACUCGCUGCCGCCCACGCCGCCCAGCGGCACGCCCUCGCCGGGGCCGCCGCCCGCGCUGUCGCUGCCGCCCGCGCCCGCGCUGCUGGCUGACGGGGACUGGGAGAGCCGCGAAGAGCUGCGGCUGCGGGAGCUGGAGGAGGCGCGCGCGCGCGCGGCGCAGAUGGAGAAGACGAUGCGCUGGUGGUCCGACUGCACCGCCAACUGGCGCGAGAAGUGGAGCAAGGUGCGCGCCGAGCGCAACCGCGCGCGCGAGGAGGUGCGCCAGCUGCGCCAGCGCCUGGACGCGCUCACCAAGGAGCUGGCGGGCGCGCGGCGCGAGCGCCAGGAGGCGCAGGGCGAGUGCGAGGCUCGGGGCCGCGAGCUUGCGCGGCUGCGCGGCGCCCGGGGGAACGCCGACAGGACGCCGGACGGGCCGGAGCCCGAGCGGGAGCAGGAGCCGGUGCGCGACGUCGGGUCGGAAGUGCCCCAGGGCAGCCAGGAAUUGGAGCUAGUGGAGAGCCUGCUGAAGAACAGACCAGAGGAGCCCGAGGGCUGCUGGGAGGCCCGCAGCGUGGGGGCCGGGGGCCCACGGGGCAGCUCAGGCCGCCAGGAGCGCAGCCGGCUGCCCUGGGAAGACACAGCCACCAUCGAAGAGGGUGCAUCCAAGUUGACCGCCCUGCGGCUGCGGCUAGAUGAAUCCCAGAAGGUGCUACUCAAGGAGCGAGAGGAUAAACUGGCACUGAGCAGGAACAUUGAGAAGCUGGAAGGGGAGCUCAGCCAGUGGAAGAUCAAGUAUGAGGAGCUGAACAAGACCAAGCAGGAGAUGCUCAAGCAACUCAGCAUCCUGAAGGAGGCCCACCAGGACGAGCUGGGUCGCAUGUCCGAAGACCUGGAGGACGAGCUGGGUGCGCGGUCCAGCAUGGACAGGAAGAUGGCCGAGCUGAGGGGUGAGAUGGAGCGGCUGCAGGCGGAGAACGCAGCCGAGUGGGGUCGCCGUGAGAGGCUGGAGACCGAGAAGCUGGGCCUGGAACGGGAAAACAAGAAGCUGCGGGCACAGGUCGGGGACCUGGAGGAGGCGCUGGCCCGGCGGCGGAGGCAGACAGCCAGCGCGCUGGACUGUGACCUGCGGGCCAGCCAGGCUGCGCUUUUCGAGAAGAACAAGGAGCUGGCAGACCUGAAGCACGUGCACGGCAAGCUGAAGAAACAGUUCCAGGAGAAGGUGGCAGAGCUGGCACACGCCAACCGGCGGGUGGAACAGCACGAGACAGAGGUGAAGAAGCUGCGGCUGCGGGUGGAGGAGCUCAAGAAGGAGCUGGCCCAGGCCGAGGACGAGCUGGACGAGGCCCACAACCAGGCACGGAAGCUGCAGCGGUCGCUGGACGAGCAGACGGAGCAGAGCGAGAACCUACAAGUGCAGCUGGAACAUCUGCAGUCCAGACUCCGAAGGCAGCAGCAGAACGCCCCCCUCUUCGGGAAGAUCCGAAGCGCUCGCUUCGGCACUGAGGAAGCCGGGGACGGAGCCAGCGACCUGGAUGAGGAUGAGGACCUGCAGAUCCAGGUGGCCUAGAGCUCCCAGGGCCGGACAGGACUGGCCCGUGGCCACAGGCCCCUGGUGCCUAGGCGGACCGGCCGCUCGGACUGAUGCAGCCACCCGUGUUCCCCGCCACGGCUGACUUCCUCCUCUCCCAGGGUGGGGGUCGACCAUCCCACCCUAGCAACGCCUCUUGGAAGGGAAGCCAUCGCCUGUGUUUUAUACAUGUAUAUUUUAUGUAUGUGUGCGGGGUCCUUGGACCCAUCUGAUGUUAUAAAAACAGGACCGCUCCCGGGCCUGGUCUCCACACCCCCCAUCCACCCAGGACCUUCAUGCAGGGGCGAGGGGGAUGGCGAGGGGGGCUGCUGGGGCCUCGACCCAGGCUGCCUCUCUGAAGCUUCAGGGUCAGGUGGAGCUGUUUAUAGUACAAUGUGAUAAACUCAGCCUUUUGUAAUAAACCGAGUUUGGGUUCUCAGGGCAGAGUCCUGAGAGUGUGGCAGAUGUGGGCAGCUGGUGUAGGGGACAGCACGUAGCCCAAGCUCAGGAAUGUCAAGUUACGUAAUGAGUGACUGAAUAUGCAAAAGAAUGAAUGAAUGAACAUCUGAGCUGCUAAAUGGUCGGGAAUCCGGCUCCCAUGAGGGGAAGGAGGAGGUACAGUGUGUGUCUAAUCUGAGAAGAAGAGACUUCCAUUCUGCUCCGGAUGGAUUCAGAUCUGUGCCUCUGCCCCUUCCUGGCUGUGCAACCAUGGGGAAGUACCUGACCUCUCUGAGCCUCAGUUUCUCCAUCAGUAAAUUAGACAUCUCAUACAGCUAUCGUGAGAAUAAGAUGAGUUCAUCUGGAGCUCAGUAAAGGUUAGUUCUUAUUGAAAUACGUGAAAGUGUGCGCCAGAGAGGGGGGAUUUGCCCGCUGGGUUCUGCCGCAUGGGAUGAAGGUCAGGUGACCAGAGGUAGGUGUAAACACAAUAAAUAAUAAAUCCUUGUAUCUUUAUCCCAGCCCUGCUCUAGGUAAUGAAGUUGCAGGUAGUUUCCAUGUUAUUUUUGAUACUUAAUGUCUAAACCCUCUAUAACCAGCAGAUUUAUGUUAAAUCUGGUAGAAACUUAUUCAAAACACAAUAGCAUACAUUUUUGAAUCUGCAAGUCUAGGUGGCAUUGAGACACCUGCCCUUAGAUGAAUUCUCAGCAGCAGGCCUGCUUUCUGCAGAAAGAGGCUCCGUCAACAUUGUGUUUUAGCAGGCAGAAGGGGUGAGUUCCCUGUGCUCAGGGGGUAUGCAAGGAGCAGUUGUGGCUCUGAGCAGGGGCCUGGCACCAAAGAGGAGUUCACUUCAAUUGGGAAAGAGACUCUGUGGCUGUGGUGGAGAGCUGCACCCCGUGCUUUCUCUCUUGUGGCCCAGUCUGAGGGGGCCCCCAAGGCCCCAGUGCUGGUGAUCAGUGACCUAGCAGUGCCGGUGAGGUGGGAUUUGCUAUCAUGGCGGAGAGGCCUCAGGUUCCCUCCUGCGCUCCAAGGGCAAAGGAAGGAGUGGGUGAGACCCAGCCAUGGGGAGCCCCCCUCCCUCCAUCAUGGGUCUUUCCCCACAGGCCAGAGCCAGCGGAAAAAGCGCUGUGGGGAGAAGGGAAGAAGACCCAUUUCCUGUUGGGGCCUUUCUGUUUUCUCUUCCAAACAGGAAGUCAGUCCCAGAAGGGGCUGAAAUGCUGCCUGCCCUUUGACCCCCAGGAGCCAGGCCCUCACUGACAGCAGCCCUGAGAGCCGCCUCCCCAGGCCCCAGGCAGACCUGCCGGUAAGGCGGGCUUCCCCAGACUCCCUGGCACCCCUGAAAAAAGAGUGUUGAGCAGGGACCCCAUUCCAGCCCAUCUGCAGGCGGGGCCGCUCCGGAGAACGGCAGUGAGGAGAGGGUCUGGCCUCCCCCAUCAGCCUCCAAGGGAAGACCAAAGUCUCGGGAGGGGCAGACGCGGAACCAGAAGAUUCUCCAGGCCUGGAAUGUGCUGCCUUCCUGCUCGCAGCCUGUUCGUCCUGCGUUCGCGGUGGUGACGGCAGCAGCUUUGGCUCACGUGAUACUUUGAAAACUAUAUUAAACGCAUUGCUAAUAGCAAUGGGAAGCUUCUCAGAAAAAUGCGGGUUUCCUUCUCAUGAGGAAUCGGCACAUUGGACCACGUCGGGUUCACGCUCACACGUGACUGCAGCCUUACUCUGCGUGCACCUCAUUCACAUCACCGCCUGGCCCCCGGAGGCACCUGAGGGUUUUUCCUCUGGUCUGGUCCAGUCUCUCCUUGAACAGGUGAGGGAACUGACCAAGAAGGGGAGACACUGGCCCAAGGUCAGGGUGAGGUAUAGUCAGUCCAGGGACACAUGUCAGCCAUGAGCUCGGAACUCUUACCGGCUCCUCGUCAACACAGGGGUGACUUCCGAGAACGGGUAACCGUGUUGAGCCUCGCCGUGCACUUCACACCCGCUGAGGCAGGCGCUACCAUCCUCCUCCCACUUUUCACCGAGGAUGCAGAGCCUCAGAGGGGGCAAGUAACUAUCCCAAGGCCACACAGCUGGUUGGUGGUGAUGUUGCCAUUCCAGGUCCGAUGGAUCCGAGGCCAGAGUCCGAGCUCUCGAGGACGGCUCCCUACCCCACCUCUCCAAGGCAAGGCCCCACGUGGUGCAGCCCCUGCCCUCCCCUGCAGCCCUACCCCACUCCACUUCUCCAGAGACCCUGCAGCUCCAGCCAAGUUGCACCCCCUACUGCCACCAGCCUUGCCCCUCCCCCAUCAAAGCCCCACCAGUCCUUCAAAGCUCAGCCUACUUUGUUCAUUCUUAGAGUCUUAGGGGGUUGUGUACUCCUCUGCUUCUCCUGCCUGCCCCACCAGAUGCUCCUGGAGGCCAGAGAAUCCUGCCAGCAGCCGUCACGGUAGCCUGGACUGAGUGGGCAUCUUUGAAAGAGGGAAGGGAGGAAGGAAGGAAGGAAGGACAGAUGGAUGGAUGGAAGGUAUGGUAGAAGGCUGGAGCUGGAACAGAAAAGAGAGGGAGGGAGGGAGAAGGAUGGAUGGAUGAUAUGAGAGAAGGCUGGAGCCAGAACAGGAAGGGAGGGAGGGAGAAG